AUGGAGAGUUUAUUUGGUAAUCCAGUUAUUGAUGAAAGUACAACAAGCGCUCACUGGCAUACAUAUUCAGCAUUCUUGAAUUCAUUUAGUAAAACCGAUAUUAUACGCGUACAAUUUCAAAAGCUGAUGGUAUAUGAUAACAAUAGAAAUGUGGGUAUUACAUCAUGCUUAAAAAACUACAUUUCAUUAAACAAAAGUGAGAGCAAAGCGCUUAUUAAUGGUAGUUGGUCACCUGAACAAUCAAUUGAGCCAAAGACUUUAUCUGAUGAUAAUUCGUUACUUUGCUCUGAUGCUAAUGAAAAGCCAAAAAUUCAACUAACCAAAGUACAAUGGAGAGUGCAGCACAUCAAUUUAACUGAUGCAUUGAAAUUGAAUUUGUACAGCAAUAUUACAAAUAAUGCGAAAAUAAUGUUAGCUUUCAGAAAUUUGGAAUUAUAUGAAUAUCCGUCAUUUCCACAAAAUACUAAUCAUCAGAUUUGGAAUGUAAAAACAACAGCUCAAUUGGAAAAACCUCGUUUCAUUAUUUUUGCGCUACUAACAGAUAAACUUAAUCAAUUUACAAAAGAUCCAUCAAAAUUUGAUCAUUGUAAUAUAACUGAUCUAAAAGUUUACCUCAAUUCAGAAUGCUAUCCAUAUGAAGACAUAACUUUACUAUUUGAAAGAAAUCGUUACGGGGUGGCUUAUGAUGCCUAUACAAGAUUUCGAAGUAGUUAUUAUAAUUAUCCUGUUGCUGAACCAUUGUUAACGUUAAAGGAAUUUAAGCAAAAGGCUACGAUCCUAAUUAUAGAUACACGCUAUCAAAAUGAAAAUCUAAAAAUGGGUCCGGUUGAUGUUAGGGUCGAAUUGAAAACUUCAGAAAUGAUAUCUGCAAAUACCAUAGCUUACUGCCUAAUGCUACAUGACAGAUUAGUAGAAUUUACGUCAUUGAGCGGGGAAGUCGUCAAAAUUAUUUAA